AUCGUACUUUUUCCUCUAAUGAGAAGUUGCUGACGUGGAAGAUUCGUGCCUUUAUAAGAUCAAAGUUUGGCAGGAUUUGCUUGGUGUGAUUGGUAAUCCGCAACCAUGAAGUUACUCCUUUUGUUCUCGGUCAUUGCUUGCACCUUCUACCUUACGGAAGCGAAGGCUCUGGUGUGUUACUUCAGCUCCUGGGCUGUGUACAGAGCGGAACCCUACAAAUACGAUGUGGAAGACAACGACCCUUUCCUCUGCACCCAUUUGAAUUACGCCUUUGCCGGACUGGGUGCUGAUUAUGCGAUCAAGGUCCUCGACCCAUGGAACGACCUGUGCGACGAAGGGGGCAAAUGUGGCUUCAAUCGCUUCACGAAGCUGAAAGAGAAAAACCCCGAUCUCAAGACUCUGCUGAGCGUCGGAGGCUGGAACGAGGGAUCGUCCAGAUAUUCAUUGAUGGCUGCAGACCCGGCUAGCAGAAAGACCUUCGUCGAUUCCACCAUGGCGUUACUGAAGGAACAUAACUUUGAUGGAAUUGAUCUUGACUGGGAAUACCCAACGCAAAGAGGCGGCAGUCCCGACGAUUACGUUAACUUCGUCACACUCUUGAAAGAGCUGGCCGAAGCCCUACAUCCCGAGGGCAUGCUACUGACAGCGGCUGUGUCCGCUGGCAAGGACACGAUCGACCCUUCCUACGAUGUCCCAGGAAUGUCCGAACAUCUCGACCUCAUCAAUAUCAUGACCUACGAUUUGCACGGCAGCUGGGAAAAGUACACACAUCACCACUCAAUCCUCUAUCCACAUCCUAAAGACGAAGGAUACGCCCUUACCCUCAACCAGGACUUCGCUGUAAACUACUGGAUUGAAAAAGGCGCCCCAAAAGAGAAGUUGGUAUUGGGCGUUCCCUUCUAUGCCCACACUUACACACUAGACUCGGCUGCCGAAACGGGCAUCUAUGCCCCAGCGUCCUUACCUGGUCCUGCUGAAGGAGGAUACAAUCAGAUCUGUGAAUCACAACUGACGGAAGAUUGGACCAUAGUUCACGAGCCUGACAUGAAUGAACCUUAUGGGUACUACGGCCUCAACUGGUUUGCCUACGAAGAUCCUACUUCGCUUGGUAUCAAGGCCAAAUAUGCCGUAGACAAGGGCUUGGCUGGUUGCAUGGUGUGGAGCAUCGAUACCGACGACUUCCAUGGCACAUGCCACGGGGAACCCCGUCCUCUACUGAACGCCCUCAAAAAGGGCUUGCAAGCUUAACUGUCGGUUUGCUUCAGCCAGAACAUUUAGGGCCAACUAGCAAAAUAACUACAGUCGAAAGUUUUCCUUUAUGAACAAUAAUUUCUUCAGAAGAUUCGUACAUCAAUAAUCCUUAAGGAUACCCAACUACAAACAGCCAAGAAUAACAAGAGGGAUAAAGAUAGGUCUUUAGAAUUUCUGAUACCAGUAUAUCGCAGUUAUUUGAAAAAUGAAGUCUCUGGGUAAUAACCACCAGAAUAUAAAAAAACAAAUAUGGCCUCGAGAAAUAGCAGCUGAAGAGGUCCAAUAUGUACUUAUUGACUGAUCUAACUUUUUUAAGCCCAACGUGUUAAUAGAUACGGUUUAAGCCCAACGUAUCAUGUUAAUAGUUAUGGAUUGAUUACUAAUUACCAAAUUUUUAUUUAGUUGGCCUUAUACCUGUACAAGUGGAAGCCACAUAUAAUGUAGUUAUUAUCAAUCGAGAUCUCAGCAAUGCAAUACACUCAGAUGAUUCCAAACCAUCACGCUACAAGAGAAAAUGAAACUAAAUGUGCAAUACAAGAAAUAAUCCUCAUACGCUAUGGAUAUGCCUAUUGAGAUUGUGGUAGUGAAUAUCUAAACGUGCAAAAAUCUAUUUAUCAUGCUAUGUUAUAUCACAGCGAGUUGGCUCUUUGACUGAGUGGACUUUGAGGUAAAAAUGCUUGAAUAUCUUUAAAAAGCCUCAUUUGAUGUGAAAAUGCUUGCUUAUCUUUAAAAAACUUUGAUGUAAAAUGCUUAAAUAUCUUUAAGAAACUUUGAUGAAAAAUGCUUAAAUAUCUUUAAGAAACUUUGAUGUAAAAUGCAUGCAUAUCUUUGAGAAACUUUGUUUGAUGUAAAAUACUUGCUUAUCUUUAAGAAACUUUGAUUUAAAAUGCUUGCAUAUUUUUAAGAAACUUCGUUUGAUAUGAAAGUGCUCACAUAUCUUUAAGAAACUUUAUUUGGAGUGAAAAUGAUUGCAUAUCUUUAAGAAGAGUUGUUUUGAUGUGAAAAUGCUUGAAUAUCUUUAGAAACUUUGACUGAUGUUUAAAUGGUUGCAUAUCUUUUAAGAAACUUUGCUUAAGUGUGCAGAUGCUUGCAUAUCUUUGAGAAACUUUGUUUGAAGGGAAACUGCUUGCAUAUCUUUGAGAAACUUUGUUUGAUGUGAAAAUGCUUGCAUUUCUUGAAGGAACUUUCAUGUGAAAAUGCUUGCAUAUCUUAAGGAAACUUUGUUUGAUGCACAAUGCUUGCAUAUCUUUAAGAAAUAAAAGAUUUUUGACCGCUA